AUGUGGAAGCAUCGCAAUGAUGUCUUUCAUUCUGAUGACAACAUCGUCAACCAACAGCGCGCGACUGCUCUUGAUCAACGCAUCCACGAAGAGUUUGACAUGGGUCUUCGCGACCUGCCUCGGAACCUUCGCCCUGCCAUCCGUCGAUCCCGCCUUGUAGAAGUCCUCCGACUCCACCUGGCGGACAAGGAGGAAUGGGUCCUCGUCAUCUCCGAAGCCCGCCGCAAAAUCAGACGAUCUCUUGCAGGCAGGCGACGAUUGAUGUGGGAACUGACCCACCCUACUCCUCGCCCAGCAGCGCCCUGA